AUGUCUGCUCAACUUAUCAAAUCAUCUUACGGCAAAGCCAAUGUCAAGUUUCUCAAGGUGAAGAAGAGUGAGGAGAACCCAAAGCACCAUGAGAUCAUCGAAGCCAACGUCCAAGUGCUUUUGCGGGGAGGUUUUGAUGAAUCCUACACUAAGGCUGACAACUCGCUGAUUGUGCCCACUGAUACGGUGAAGAACACUAUUUUGGUCGAAGCUAAAACCACUGACGUUUGGCCCAGUGAAAGAUUUGCUUGUCACUUGGCUAAGCAUUUCACUCUUAAGUACUGCCACGUCGUGGGAGUUGAAGUCAAUAUCAUUGAACAGAAAUGGGGACGUAUUCAAAUGUCAGAUGGCACUGAGCACCCCCACUCCUUCCAACACCAAGGACCUGAAACUAAGCGGGUGUACUUUGACUAUGACAAGCUUACUGGUCAGAUCAAGAUCGUGUCUAGCAUUAAGGACUUGACGGUGCUUAAGUCGACGGGGCUGGAAUUCCAUGGCUACAAUGAAUGUGAUUACACCACCUUGAAACCUACUUGGGACCGGAUCUUACUGACUGACGUUGAUGCUCAAUGGGAAUUCGACACUACCCAGAUGCCAACUUUGCACGCGGUCUUUAGAGCGGCCAACCGUGGGGUGUUCGACCAGGCCUACGACGUAGCUCGCAGAGUGACAUUGGAAACUUUCGCUACUGAAGUCCUGGCUCUGGUUCAAGCCACGAUGUACAACAUGCUGACUCAAAUCCUCGCGGAAGUUCCUGAGAUCAAGGAAGUGCUGUACGCUUUACCCAACAAGCACUUUAUCUUGUUCAAUUUGGAGUGGAAGGGUAUCGAAAACAAUGACGACUUGUACUACCCCGCGUCCGACCCCAACGGUUACAUCAAGCUGACCGUCGGCCGCAAGACUGGGCCCAAGUUGUAG